AUGGCAGCCACGCCGUGGCUGUUGCUUCUCUGCCUCGCCGCCGCCGCCGGAGGCGUACUGCAAGCUCUGGCCCAGCCUGACAGCAAAGGAUACAUAACCAUAGACUGCGGGCUCGAGGGGAAGACGGGCCGCGUAGACAACGACACCAAGCUCGCCUACGCCCCGGACAACGGCGAGUUCACCGACGGCGCCGGCACCAGCCACAACAUCUCGGCCCAGUACAUGUCGCCGUCCAUGCACGAGAGCUGGUACAACGUUCGCAGCUUUGCCGGCGCCGGCGGCCGGAACUGCUACACGCUCCGCUCCCUCGUGCCCGGCCUCAAGUACCUCGUCCGCGCCAGCUUCAUGUACGGCAACUACGACGGCCUCAACCGCCCGCCCGUCUUCGACCUCCACCUCGGCGUCAACUACUUCUACACCGUGAGCAUCUCAAGGCCAGACGAGGCCAAGUUCGUCGAGGUCAUCGCCGUUGUGCCGGACGACUUCGUGCAGGUCUGCCUGAUCAACACCGGCGCUGGCACGCCCUUCAUCUCCGGGCUGACCCUCAGGCCGCUCAAAAACACGAUGUAUCCGCAGGCGACCAAGGCACAUGGGCUUGUUCUGUUAUCCAGGCUAAACUACGGCUCCGCCGGAGGCAUCGUCAGGUACCCCGAUGAUCCAUACGACAGACUAUGGUUCCCUUCGGUCAACCCUGUAUUAUGGACAGAGAUCUCGACGACGAGGAAGGUGCAGAACGUGGACAGCGAUGUCUUCGAGGCGCCGUCCGCGGUGCUGCAGACGGCGAUCAGGCCGCGGAAUGGCUCACAGAUACAGUUCUCCUGGGAGCCCCAGCCCCAACCGAACGACCCGUCGCCGGCGUGCUUCGCCAUCAUGCAUUUCACCGAGCUGGAGAUCCUUCCCAGCAACGCCGUGCGCGAGUUCUACGUCAGCCUCAACGGCGAGCUGUGGCACAAAGACGCCGUCACACCAGUGUACCUCUACAGCGGUCCUUCGUACAAUACCGUCGCUUCCCGGAAGAGCCAGUACGACAUCACCAUUAAUGCCACCGCAAGCUCGACGCUGCCACCGAUCAUCAACGCCCUCGAGGUGUACUCGACCAUCCCCACCACCAACCUCGGCACCGACUUCGCGGAUGUGUCCGCCAUCAUGGAGAUCAAGGCCAAGUAUAAGGUGCGUGCAAACUGGAUGGGCGACCCGUGCGGUCCAGGGACUGUUAUGGUGUGGGAAACUUUGACAUGUAGCUACGCCAUUGCAAGCCCCCCAAGGAUUACAAGACUAGACCUGUCCUCCAGAGGUCUGAACGGUGAUAUAUCAUCAUCUUUUGCCAAUCUCAAAGCUAUCGAAUACUUGAAUCUAUCAAACAAUAACUUGGUAGGCCCAGUUCCAGAUUCACUUUCAGAAUUAACUUCACUGACAAUUCUAGAUUUGUCAGACAACAAACUCAGUGGAUCCAUCCCCUAUGAACUUAUCAUAAGAGUCCGAGAUGGUUCUUUGAAUCUAAGAUAUGAAAACAAUCAAGACCUUUGCACCGAAGGAAGUUCAUGCCAUCUUGUUAAAAGGAAAAGCGAGCUGGCCAUGUACAUUGCUAUCUCUGCAGUUGUGAUAGUGGUGAUCGCAGUUGUAGCAGUAAUCUUUUGCUUUAUAAGACGUAAAAAACAAGGAUCAAUGAAGAACUCGGUGAAGCCGCAUAAUGAGAUGACGACAAGCUACGCGUCAGAAAACGAUAUCUAUGGGGACAAUUCACUUCGACUUGAGAAUCGCCGAUUCACGUACAAGGAGCUCAAGAUAAUAACAAACAACUUCCAACAAGUGCUUGGCCAAGGAGGGUUUGGAUACGUCUACAAUGGUUUCUUGGACAACGGCACCCAGGUUGCGGUGAAGCUACGAUCCCAUUCUUCCAGUCAAGGCGUCAAGGAGUUCCUCGCUGAGGCUCAGAUUUUGACCCGUAUUCAUCACAAGAAUCUUGUCACUAUGAUUGGCUACUGCAAAGAUGGGGAGUACAUGGCACUUGUAUAUGAGUACAUGUCAGAGGGAACCCUCAGAGAACAUAUUGAAGGAAGCCAAUACCAUGGAGAAUGCUUGCCCUGGAAACAGAGACUCCGGAUCGCACUUGAAUCUGCACAAGGGCUAGAGUAUUUGCACAAGGGGUGCAACCCGCCUCUAAUUCAUAGGGAUGUGAAGGCCACCAACAUCCUGUUGAACACUAGGAUGGAGGCCAAGAUUGCCGACUUCGGUUUGUCCAAGGCCUUCAACAGCGAUUGCGACCAUGUGUCCACGGACACAGUCGUUGGCACGCCAGGGUACGUCGAUCCCGAGUACCAUGCAACGAUGCAACUGACGGUAAAAAGCGAUGUGUACAGCUUCGGUGUCGUGCUUUUGGAGCUGGUUACAGGGAAGCCUGCAAUACUACGGGAGGCAGUUCCCAUUGGCAUCAUUAAGUGGGCGCGGCAGCGAAUGUCACGUGGCAACAUCGAAAGUGUGGUCGAUGCACGCAUGGGUGGCAUUUACAAUGUCAAUAGCGUGUGGAAGGUGGUGGAAAUCGGGCUCAAGUGUAGCGCAUAUGCGUCGACACAACGGCCCACGAUGAAUAACAUUGUGGUGCAGCUGCAAGAGUGCAUCGAGCUUGAGGAGGGCCGAUUCACCGAAGAUGCAGACGAUGAUUUCUACACCAACGGCAGCACUGACAACCAAAACUUGAGUUAUAAUGCGCAUGUCUCUGAUCACUCCACCAGUAUCAGAGAGAAGAAAACAACAUAUCAUAAUGUUAAGAGGGUGGCUGCAACGGCCACCGGUCCUUUUGCACGUUGA